AUGCAAGCAUAUGGAAUCAUUACACUCUUAUUCACUUACCAUAAUUUCCCUGAUUUACCCAGUGCUUGGAGGAGUGUUGCUUUGCGUUUGAUUACUGGGCUUGGGAACUCAGAAGUUAUGCCAAGUCUGACUCGUUUCUUUUCACCAGAAUCCAAACCCAAUCUUAUUAGCACUGACUCUGAGGAACUAAAUAGAGUUCUUGUUCUGACAAUGGCAAGAGCCAUACAUGUUACUGGCUGUGAUAGUACAGGUGAAUCUGCAAGAUGGUGUGUUGAUUUCUUGAAGACAGUCAUGACCCAUACUCCUCAUACAUGGGCGAAUCAUACGCUGCAGUGUUUUCCUCAAGUUAUUGCAGAUUUUUACCAACAAUGUGCUACGCCCAGAGAGAAUAUGCAUACAUUAAAGAAAGCUGUGGAAGAAGAGUAUAGGAAAUGGAAGUCAAUGAGCAAUGAGAAUGACAUCAUAGCACACUUUUCUCUUCAGCAUAACACAUCUCCAUUGUUCUUGUGCUUACUUUUCAAGAUGGUUCUUUGACCAGAAAGAUUGCCUCCAAUUGCUUACAAAGUUUUGGAGCGUGUUGGUCCAAGGCAGUUAGCAGCACAUGUUCGUACCCUGUGCGAUUUCCUGGUUCUAGAGUUUUCAAAUAGUGCAGGUGGUCAGCAUGUAUCAAAGUAUGUUGAAACAAUGAACAGCAUUAUUUGGGUAUACAAUAUAGUCCCAAUAGACAGA